AUGCUUAAUCAAUCAUUAUUACAACAACAAGAGGAUGUUCAACCUGCAUCUUCACUCUGGAGAAAGCAUGCACUCAACACCGGUCGUAGAUUCCAAUCUAAACAUAUAAAUUUUGAGGAAUUAAACGAUCGUUCUAUUGAUCAUAUUUCAAAAGCUACUCAACAUAAUUCUACAAAUCAUAUUGUUAUUACAGAUACAUCAGGAAAGAGAGAUGUUGCAAGAAUUCUAAAGAUAAAGAAACAACAACAACAAAAGAGUAGUAGUGGUGUUAAAGAUGCAUUCGAUAAAGUAUCGAUUGAUAUUACAACAGAGUUCCUACAGGAAUCACCGAUUAGCUCUCUGUGUUGGAAUGACAAUUCACUGUUGAUGGGUGGUGCCAACGACGGUCAGAUAUUCCUCUAUAACUGCAAGGAUGACUCUGGUACUUUCAGAGAGGAACCAACACUUGCUGAAACCUAUACAAUCACACGUUUGAAGGGUGUAAAGAACAUGGUUUAUCCUGUCGGUGCAAUGGGUGUCGACUCCGCCAUCAAGGCGGUGGAGAUCAACUCGCUGCAAUCGAAACAAUUUGCAUGUCUCGAGAACAAUGCAUUCCACAUAUGGGAGUUUUCCAAUCCAGUGCAACCUGUCGUUUCAUUCCGUGCAUCGGAGAUGCCGCUCAACGUUUUGUCUUGGUCGCCGCAUUCGCGUCACUACGCUGCGGUUGGCGGUGCGCCACCCUUCAACACAGUGAUGCUACUGGAUCAGCGAUUGAUGUCUACUUUUAGAGCUAAACGUAAUCCAAUCGUUUGGAGUUCGGAAAUCAACAACAGCUCAACAACGAAACAAGGAACGUGUCAAGCGAUUGCAUGGCAUCCUUUCGUUCCAUAUUGGCUUGCAACCGGAAACGACAAUGGUGUUAUCGAUCUCUGGGAUUUGAGAUCUAUAAACAAACCGGUUGUUUCUGUAUUUGCACACUACGGUGCGCUCUCACAGCUGCAGUGGUGUCCUACUCACAGUGAGCUGUUGGUGAGUGCAGGCUAUGACCACACCUUCAAGAUGUGGAACAUGGCAAUGGAGCCACACUACAAUCUCUUUGAGAAGCAUCAAGAUGCACCGUUUGUUCACGCUGGAUUCUUUUCAAACGAUGGAUAUAACAACUAUGCAUGUACACAAAACGGUCAAGUCAUCUACUCGAACAUCUCUCCCAAAUUUAUGAAUCCAAUGAUACAUACAAAAGAUUUCUCAGCUGGUUUGGAAAAAGCUAUUGUUUUGGCGAAUAAACACUCACGACAAGACAGUGUGGAGAAGGCACAUACUCUAUUGAUGCUUUGUUUCCAACAGAGUAUAGAGGAUAGUUUGUCAGACGUAAUCAAAUCAUCGAAACCAAAGACUGAUAUGACUGCCAUAUUUAAGAAAGAUAUGGAAACAUACUCUUAUUUCACUCCACCCUCUUACUAUGAGAAAUUCGGUACACAGCUAUCAUCAAAUCUUAUGACAAAGAUUAAGGAGCUAAAGAUCAAUCUUGAUAUUCAAAGACAUAUAAAGAAUAGCAGUAGUGAACUUGUAGAGAUUGAACAUGAAAUUCUAUUUACAUUGAAAGAAGAUCAUCUUAGUAUCAGAAUGGAAACUAUUGCAGAGUUGGUCAGUGUCAUUUUGAACUUUGAUGCUCCUAAAUGCUACAAUUUCGUUAUCCAAUUGGUUGAGAUAUUUAAGAACAAACUAGGAUUGCUACUUCCUAUCAUGAGAAUGUUGGUAUAUCCAUCGAUCUAUGAGAAGAAUCCACUUCAUGAACCAACAACAUCCAAUGAUGGUACAACAGCAACUCCUUCCGACUCUAACAGCUCCACACCACUCUCUUCCUCUACCAAUAUAUUACAACCAGCAACCACAACAACAGCAACAACAUCCACUACAGGAAAACAACAACAACAACAACAACAACAACAGAUUCCACCCGCAUCACCUAAAGUUCCACAUGGUACAUCAUCGACACCCUCCACACCAAAACUCAAUCGUCUAUCUACUUCCAUUCCAAAAGAGGUGUUGGAUCCAGAAGAGAGUAAAAUACUAGAGAUACUAAAUUCUCCAGAUGCGUACAUUAAACAACUCUCUUUUAUGAGAGGUUUUACCAAGAUCUUAUCUUCACCAACACCGGUCAGUGAUGGUUCAAAUCCAGAUUUUGAAGAUAUCAUUGAUUACUCGUCAAAGAAUAGACCAACCAUUAUACUUUCUACCUCGAUCAACAGAAUUUAUCUUUCAAUUCUAGCGGAAUCAUUUAUUUACGAUCAAUUUUAUAUUGUAUUAUUGAAUCUCUUAAGUACUACUGAAGGAUUGGAAUUCAAUGGACCAUUAAAAGAUUUAUAUGAUGCUUUUACACCAGAGUUUCUGUCGUUCAUUAAGAACAGUCAACAGAGAGACAAAACAAAGCUGUGGGACUCUGAGAGAUUUUCGACACCUUUGCUCACCUCAAUUUCCAUUCUUUUCAAUGUUCAACAAAGCAUUAUCCCCAAUGACUACUACGAGACUCUGAGCACUUCGAUUCCAGUGUUUAUCGAAGAGCUUGACAAUUCGUUUGUCUCGAUGCUUCAACAACCAGAUCCAUCGAUUCCAUUGCCUGGCAAAGUACAAGCAUCACAAAAAGCAAAGGCGAUAUUCGACCAAGUGAAAUCACUCACAGAAAAACAAGUACAACCUGCAACCCCGCAACCAGAAAAGAGAACAUCAGCUAGUAAAACAGCGUCGGUAACAUUAUCACCGAUCGCCACCAAUAGAUCAUUAGCACUACAACAACACAUUCAAAGUCUAAAUACUGUACUUAAUAAAUAUAUGUAG